CUGACUGCCCCUAGGGAGGAAUCUUUCUGGAAUUCUGUCCUUGGUGGAGCUUUCCUUUGCAAACCUAGAUAUGGGAAUUCAGCCCCUUUCAUGCCUGCCAGUCUGCUGAGCUGUGCGCUGUUUUUGGAAGGGCAGAUUACAACUUUCACAUAAAUACUAUGACAUACUCGUGUGAAUUGCCAAGAUGUUCUACGAAACCGAAGUGCCGCAGAACUGACAGCAAAGCAGGGCCGUUAGCAAGUAGCUUUAGCUACGGUCCGUGUAUGAUUCGCUUCUCAUACUCGCACCACCGGCUCGCCAGCCGUUGUGACAACCUCCUUCACGGUGUCCGUUUCGCUCGGCGCGUUCCCACUGAGCAGCACAGCCGGCGGCCCGGCGCCCGCAGCAGCGCUGGGAACGACGCUUAACGCAGCGACUCGCACGGCGCACCGCUUCAACCACCGUGUUCUUCUCAGAAUCUCUAGCGCCUGAAUAAAAAGAUGAAGGAGCUGAACUGUUCGACUUACACGACUCAUUACAGACCUCUCCGGCUCCCCGUUAACCGCAGCUCGCAGAGCACGGCCGCUCUUUCCCGCCGCGGGGCGGAGCCACUCUUGAGCAUGCGCGGCUGAGGGGAACGCGGCGGGCGGGACUCGAAUCGGCGGACUGGAGACCGCGUCACGUGGUGCGGCGCCGGGGUCGGGGCAGAGAACUGUUUCCAGAACGUGUAUGGCAUUGGAUUUGAACAAGAGUAGAAGUAGAGUGAACUUCACAUUUCUUUGAGUAAGAAGCAAUAAUGCAACGAAGGCAGGGAAGAGUCAAUGCUGGACUGCUUUUGCUGCUUUACCAGAUUUCUCAGGUUGGACUUCAGAACAUUCCUUCUGUUACCCUCGCAGUGCUCGUGCUGAAUGUUUUUUUCUUCCUGAAUCCCGUGAGGCCGCUGCAUGAGGCGUGCAUCAGUGUGAGGGAAGCUUUCUACGAACAGAACUGGCAGCGUUUACUGCUUUCACCUGUCCACCAUGUUGAUGACUGGCAUUUAUAUUAUAACAUGAUUUCCAUGCUUUGGAAGGGAAUAAUGUUGGAAAGGAGACUUGGAAGUGUGUGGUUUGCGUACAUAAUUGCAGUAUUCUCAGUGCUGACUGGAAUUGUUUAUGUGCUGCUGGAACUCCUGCUUGUGAAGAUUCUGAAUGAUCCUUCGUAUGAAAUGAGUUGUGCUGUAGGCUUCUCGGGAGUCUUGUUUGCUUUGAAAGUUCUUAACAACCAUUACAACCCAGGAAGAGUUAGCAGCGUCCUUGGAUUGCAGAUAUCCAGCAAGUAUGCUUGUUGGGUGGAGCUGGUGGCAAUUCAUUUCAUUUCCCCAGGGACUUCUUUUGCUGGUCAUCUGGCAGGGAUUCUUGUUGGACUGAUGUACACAAUGGGUCCUCUGAAAAAGAUCAUGAAAGCGUGUGCAGGUGGCCUUUCUUCAUUCACAGACCCUGAUAGGCCAAGGAACUACUAUUCGGGUUAUUCAGAGUAUUACAGAUAUCCAGAUGAUCAAUACAGAACACCAAGGAACUAUCAUGACUAUACAGGCGGGCUCACUGAAGAAGAACAGCUUGAAAGGGCAGUGCUAAACAGUCUGAAUGAAAGAGGUUUUGGUGGAGCAACAUACAAUAAUGAGCGGCGGCCCUACGGCUUUUGGUUCCCCCCUGAGCAGCAUUCAGAAGAGGAAAUGCGAAGGCAAAGGCUUCGUAGGUUUUGGAGACAAUGACAGGGAUGAACAACUCUUCUGGGAUUGGAUGUGAAUUGUCACUUGAAAAGACUGCCAUGAGGACAACAGCUGGAUCACACGAGUCAUGGAAAGGAAGAUGCAUAAGCCAUACAAGGAAUAGAUUUAGUUAACUUGUACUUCUUAGAAAUACCUGUCUUCCUGUUUAAGAGGGUUUGGGAAUUACAUUGAAUUAUAUUGUGCAUAAGCUGUUUAUAGAGCUGAAAUUCAGCUGUUCAACUCUGUAUGUAUCGCGUUUGAGGUCCAGGGAGCAGUGGUAGUAGUUUGCAGGCUGGUGGAGGUCUUGCCUUAACACAGUGAACUUGGAAUUCUUCAUUUUCUAGAAAGCAUUCCUGGACUUAAUUCUGGAGUGGCUGACAGCAGAGCUGGGAGCUCGGCUGUCCCUGUGCACAGGCCGUCUAUUCUCUGCCCUGCUGGUGGCUUAUCUGUCUGUUCAGAGAUGUUAACUAACAUAAUGCUUUUUUUGAGUAUCAUUCUGAAAAACCAUUCAUUGCCUAGACUUAUUUUUCUUGUUUAUGGGAAAAAAUUCAUCUGAAAGAUACUCCUAGAACUGUUUUCAGACCUGGAGAGGUGUGAUUGAACAAAAAUGGGUUUUGUCUUUCGGCACAGAAUUGUUUGAAACUCUUUAGCACUCACUUAACCUGGUGCUAGGAUGAGCAAUUUAAUGAUUUCUUUUCAGAGAUAUGAUCACCAACAUGUGCUAUGUGAAGUCUCUCUCUAUGAAGUUACAGAUUGAGUGUAAAAGGGAAAAAAAAAAGAUGUGGUUUAAAUAGAAUGUAUCACCUGCUAUUAAUGUAAGCUGGGGAAGUUUAUAUUUACUGCAAAACAUAUAAGCUGUUCUCCCACUAAUGUGCCAUUCUCUUUCACCUUCCUACCUAUUCCCGGUUGCGUGCCCAGCAGCUGCACACUGUUAUACUGGGUAUGAGGUUCAAGGCUCUGAGAGCCCAAAGGCACGAAUGCAGUUUGACUUUGGAUGUAAUUGUUUAGGUGAUAUAAAAAUGCUGUUGAUGUUAUGCACAGUGUUUUCUGUCAGAUUCUAAAACAAAGGAUAAGUAAUGGUGAAUUAUUGUGUUUUUGCCUUUUUUUCCUGAUAUGCCUUGGUUGUUCUUCAGUAUAUUCAGUAGCUGCAGAAUAAAAAAGCAGGUAGGCGUACCUUACAGCAGGCUAACUUUCUGGUAUUCAGUUAAAUAUCAAAAAGAUGCAUAGUUUGCACAUUUUGCUCAGUGUGUAACAAUGAUGUGAAAAGGAGGAAGUAGGAGGAUUGUCUCAGACAAAAUGUAAUGCACUGGUCGAAUGCUUGUGCAAUUUACUGUCUAUCAUUUUAAUUAAAAGCACUGCACUCCACUAGUUAGUUGGAGGAAGUAAAGCAGAAACCAAGAUGAAGAAUGUGAUUACAACCACGUGAGUAACACAGGAAGUUCCUCAUGCUUACAUUUUGUUGAACAUUUGCCAUUAAAUUCUUAAGAAAACCUCUCAGUACUAAUAGCUGUUCAGCUGUUUUCAUUUUUUGUGUAAAAAAAAUUGAAAUAAAGUUUGUUUAUAUUUCA